CUUACCGUACGAGUCCCAUACUGUCUUCUCUGACAGGAACACAAAGCGAGUCCACAUCACCUAACACUAGCACCUACAAUGUCUGGCGGAAAAAUCAUUCUUGACAAGGCCCUCCGCUCCGCGGUGAAUCUGUCCUCGUCCAAGCUUCCCUCUGAGGUCGCAAAGUCUUCGGCAGCGCUGUUUUCGGCUCUGUCCGGAACGAAGUUCGUCCUGCCCGAUCUAGCCUACGAUUAUAACGCGCUUGAACCCGCCAUCUCCGCGGAAACCAUGGAGCUACACCAUUCAAAGCACCACCAGACCUACAUCACAAACCUGAAUGCCACCAUGGAAAAGAUCGAUUCCGCCAUGGUCGCGGGAAACGUUUCGGAGACCAUUGCCUUGCAGGGUGCCCUCAAGUUCAACGGUGGGGGCCACAUCAACCACACCCUCUUUUGGGAGAACCUUGGCCCCGAUAGUACCUUUCCCGAGGGCGGUCCACUCGAAGCCGCCGUGAAUGCUCGCUUUGGCAGUUUGGACGAGAUGAUUGCCGAAGUUAGUGCCAAGACCAUUGCCGUUCAGGGUUCGGGAUGGGGGUGGCUCGUGUUCGACCCCAAGUCCAAGAUGAUUGACGUGGUCGCCCUGCCCAAUCAGGAUCCGUUGGAGGCGACGACUGGCUUGAAGCCAUUGCUCGGAAUCGAUGUCUGGGAACACGCCUAUUACGUCGAUUACAGAAACGUCCGACCAAGCUACGUCAGCGCCAUUUGGGGCAUCAUUAACUGGGACGUCGUCGAAGAGCGUCUCGUUGCGGCCUCUAAAUAAUCAAGGGGACGCAGCUCACCUAGUAGCAAGGCGUGAAUCGAAUCAUUGCGAAUCGUAUGCUGUCGUCUGGCUCUGGUUCUGUAUUGUUGCCCAAAGGCAUUGCUUUCCUUCCGUAGUCAAUAUAAGAUUCAAUCUAAA